UCCUGUGCCUUCUCCCAUGCUCUGGGCAUGGACUUGGGGGCACCAGGCCACGCUGGAGGCUGCUUGAGGGGUCUGGGCCUGACCCCCAGGACAGUUCCGGAAGCCUGACGUGACUUGAGGCGGAUGGACACCUUGCAUGUGAUGGGUCUUGGCCGCCAUGCCAACCGCCGCUUCUUCAACUGGUUUUACUGGAGCAUCAACGCGGGUGCGGUGCUGUCGCUGCUGGUGGUGGCCUUUGUCCAGCAGAACAUCAACUUCCUGGUGGGCUACAGCCUCCCCGUGGGCUGCGUGGGCCUGGCCUUCUUCGUCUUCCUCUUCGCCACCCCCAUCUUCAUCACCAAGCCCCCCGAGGGCAGCCAAGUGUCUUCCAUGCUCAAACUGGCUCUCCAGAACUGCUGUCCCCGGCUGUGGUGCCCCCACGCUGCCAGAGACCCUGAAGGGGCCCAGCUGCUGCCUGACCAGAGGCCGCCCCAGCCUGGCGCUUCCCCCCAGCAGGACAUCGCCAACUUCCGGGGGCUGGUGAGGCUCCUGCCCAUCAUGGUGACCCUGGUGCCCUACUGGAUGGUGUACUUCCAGAUGCAGUCCACGUAUGUCCUCCAAGGCCUUCACCUCCACAUCCCGAACAUUUUCCCAAACUACCCCAGCAACAGCUCGGGGGCGCUGGGAGCCCAGGCCGGCGGCUACAAGAUCCCGGAGGCCUGGCUCCUCCUGGCCAACGUGGUGGUGCUGCUGGUCCUGGUGCCCGUGAAGGACCGCCUGCUGGACCCCUGCCUUCUGCGGUGCCAGCUGCUCCCCUCGGCUCUGCAGAAGAUGGCGCUGGGCAUGCUCUUCGGCUUUGCCUCCGUCGUCGUGGCAGGAUUGCUGGAGAUGAAGCGUCUAGAAUACAUCCAUCACAACCAGACGGUGCCCCAGCAGAUCGGGGACAGCGUGUACUACGCAGCACCCCUGUCCAUCUGGUGGCAGACCCCUCAGUACCUGCUCAUUGGCAUCAGUGAGAUGUUUGCCAGCAUCCCAGGCCUGGAGUUCGCGUACUCGGAGGCCCCGCGCUCCAUGCAGGGCGCCAUCAUGGGCAUCUUCUUCUGCCUGUCGGGGGUGGGCUCGCUGUUGGGCUCCAGCCUGGUGGCUCUGCUGUCCCUGCCCAGGGGCUGGCUACACUGCCCCGAGGACCAUGGGAACAUCAACAACUGCCGGAUGGACCUGUACUUCUUCCUGCUGGCCGGCAUCCAGGUCGCCGCGGCCCUGCUGUUCGCGUGGAUCGCCAGUCGCUAUGAGAGGGCAGCGCAGGGCCCCGCCUCCCAGAGC